AAACGGCUACCAGGUGCCAGGCCGUAGAAAUAUUUCUUCGCUAGGAUCCAUCUGAACUGUUCCAAGUCGAAGUGAAUGCCUGCACCAACGAGUUCGAUCUCGUUGCAGCUGCUUUCUUUUACGCAGCUUUGUUUUAUUUUUUAGAGCUUGUUGUUUACGAAAAAUGCGUUGUGCCUGAAUGGUUUUAGACUUUUAGUUAGUAUUUGUUUGUCUCGGUGACGUUGCAGUUAGGAAUUUUUAAAUCCUUAUGCACUGAGAUUGGUGGAAAUUCUGUUGCUGGUCCAUUGUGCGUGAGAUCCUGGAAGAGUGAAAUACAGCCCAUUGCGUGAAUUUUCGCACCAUCAGCAAUAAUGAAUCCUCGCGAACCGCGGCCACGACGGCGAUUCGGUUCAGUGCAUCGUUCUGGCACCGAAGCAACUGCUCCUCCGGCAGACUCCGAGAACGAAAUCUUCUUCAGCCCGCCUCCCACGGCGGAUCUCGGUGGCCAAGUGGCUGGCGGUGGAUGGGGAAGUCAUGCGUUGCAGCCACAUUCGAGAAAUGUGGACGUGGACGACAGAAUGCCGAACCACGCUAGUAAUCCGUUCCGGUUCCCAGUGGCAGCACCGUUCCGCGAAAUUCCCGACACAACGGAUUAUCGCCGUCGCACCGCGGUCGCCACCACUUGCGUGCAGACAUCGCUGAUCGGAGAACCGCAUACGGCGCACUAUACGGACGCUUUUGCACAGACGAACUAUGGAAAUCGAGCUAACCAGCUAUCCACCCGCGCUCUUCCGUCGGAUCCUCAUCCGCAGCCUAGUGCGCCGGCUGUUGAGGAGGUGUACGUUAAACGCGGGAAAGAGUACCACAUUGUUGGAAAUUUUGAUCUGGCCACGCUCAACCGCAUGCGCAGCAAUGGUCUGCAGCGUAUGUCAUCGGUGACCAGCACCACUAUUCAGCACAACGUACUGACCGUACAGGAUCAGCAACCCUUCGAGAGGGUCGCCCACGGGACCCCGAUGCGCGGCGCAGAAGGGAGCUUGCAGCAGUUGCACGAGUGGCUUUUGUCUCCUGUUCUGUCUGCCACGGAAAGUCCUGAUCAUGGGCGACCGUUUUUUGUCGCGGACCGCGUGAAAAGCCUGGAGAAGCAAGCGCGACGAGAAGCAGCAUUGGAUCGUGAUGAGAAUACUUUGCAAGCCAGUUUCCACAGUGCGCGGACUUCCUUCAACCAGCCACCUUUGCGUCAGCACAAAGAAGAACGCCAGGCGCUGCGAUUGGAUUAUCUGAGACGUUUAAUUAUUUGGAAACGAAUUAUUACUUUUUUCGUAUUUAUUUUCCUGUUGGAUAGACUUACUGACAUCUUAAUGACUGCAGUUCACCCAACACAUGCGUUCGAUAUGCCCAUUUUUGAACAAAUCCAGAUGAUACACUUGGCAUUUUUGGGUUCAUAUUCCGCCAUUGUGGUGACUGAGCUUUUUAAUUCCAUCAAUUCCACCGCCAGGGAUGCAGAAACCAGGAACUUGGCUAACAUGGGAGUUCUGUUAUCUGGCAUCGUUCUUAGUUCCAUUAUCCGUGUAUUUUUGAUAUACAUCUGGUCACCCCGGAUUCCACUAAGCAUCUUCAACGGGCAUACUAAUCGUGUUCUCGUGGAGAUUGAGGGAGAAUUUGGAAAACCACGCCUAGCGAGAGUCCGUAAAUUGUUUUGCCAUUGCUGCAACUGCAUGCCGGCAAGAGUGCGCAGAUUGUUUUGCUGCGACUGCUUGCCGGCUGGAGCGCGCCGACUGCUUUGCGGAUGCUGCUCAUGUCUGACAGACUAUAAAAAGCAGAAAAUCAAAUUUGUACUUGGAUCCGGAGGAACUUUCGCAAGACCGGUGGAGCUCAAGAAAGGCGUACUGAAAGUUUCAGUUUGCAAAGAAGGUCGGGAAAAUAGUGGCUUUAUUAGACUGGAUCAAGUGGAAUAUUUUGAGACCACAAUUAACGACUAUGGAUCCAACCGUAAUUUCGAUAUUGUUGCGACGGGUGUUAAAAAUGGUCCGGUCAUUGCAAAAUGGGUAGUUCCACCUUAUAUUGCCAGGAUUAAUGAAGCAGAAAGCAUUGAAUAGCAAUUACUAACUGAAUACGCUAGCGUCUAUCAGUUGAAAUUCAACGGGGCAUUGCGGUGUCCGAUCUUGGAACUUCGAUGUUACGGACAACUUGAAGAGAAAUGAAUCUUGUUUUGUUAACAAAAUUUUCAAUGUGACUGGCUUGUGCUUAUUCUUAACCCACUGUUUUGAGAUGCUUUGGUUUCGGAUUUUGGUUUGUUGUUCUCGACGUGUUCCCAGUGAUUUGACUGGUGAUUAAUUGUCAAU